AUGUGGCCGGAACAGUUUAAUUGGUUGCUUGACCGAGUGCAAGAUAAAUUACAAAAACGAAGUAGAAGAACUCCACUAGACCCCAAAUUACGUCUGCAGGAAAAUCAACAGCAUACGCUAUUAUACCUGAGACCUGUCAGGCAAUUUGGGAAACACUGCAACCGAUAUUUCUACCAUCUAUGGAUCAAAGUUCAUGGAAGAAGGUCUCCUGGAUUCUUUGAUAAGUGGCAGUUUCCUAAUUGUCUCGGUGCCAUUGAUGAAGUACAUAUACGUAUUAAAGCUCCUCCUAGGUCAGGAUCAGAAUUCUUUAAUUACAAAGGAUACUUCAGCAUUGUGCUCUUGGAUACUUGCGAUGCAGAAUAUAAAUUCACCUGGGUGGAUAUUGGACAAUAUGGGUCGAUAAGUGAUGGUGGCGUCUGGAGCAAUACACACUUUAAGCAGAAUUUAGAAGAAAGAAAAGCGAAUUUGCCACCACCUACUUUACUACCAGGAACAACAAUGUUAUUUCCGUAUGUCUUUGUUGCGGAUGAAGCUUUCCCUCUGUCAAAUUAUAUGAUGAGACCAUUCCCCAAGAGAAAUGAUAAAAUGACUGACAAUGAGCGCAUAUUUAACUACCGUUUGUUCAGAGCUAGAAAAGUUAUUGAAAACACAUUCGGUAUUAUGAAAGCAAAGUGGCAGAUUUUACAUUCCUGUAUAAGCUGUUCCCCAAAAAAUGCAGAAUUAAUUGUAAAAGCUCUUGUAUGCCUGCAUAAUUUUAUGAUGAUUAGUGGACGUGCCGAAUAUUGCCCUCCGGGACUUACGGAUACUGAACAGAAUAAUGGCGAAAUACAAAGAGGAACGUGGAGAGAUAGCCAAACAAUUUUUCAUCGCCUAGGCAGAGUUGGAGCAAAUAGGAGUACUCGUAUUGCAUAUGACAUGAGAAACUACUUAAUGCAGUAUUUUGUUUCCGAAAUUGACAAAGAGCAAGCUCCUUGGCAAUAUGAAAGAACAUUCCGUAUACAUCAGCUAUAAAUCAACCACAAUUAUAAAAUAGAUGAUAUAUAAAAUUGUGUGCCAUAUUUUGCCGUUUUAUUUUGCUGUUUGAUUUAUGCAAAAAAGAAAAAUUCUGAAGAAUGUUAAAUAUCAAAUGUUGAAUGUCUUGUUACUUAAAUAAUUUUUUUAC